AUGUCUGACUCUCAUACCACUGUUGAAAAGGUCGACGAUCCUACUUUCUCGGACGAUCUUCUGGGCGAGAUUGCCAAACUCACCGUACAGAAGUCUGUCCUGCAAAUCAAGCUAAACGCUGCCAUGGUGGAGUUGCAGUCGUUCAAGGAGAAUCCUUUGACGGACAGGGUGGAGGAUCUCGAGAAGAAGCUCGCAGAUGCCAACGCGAAGAAUGCAGUCCUUAUAGAGAGAUUCCAUCAGCCUUUAGUCCAUCAAAUAAUAUGCAAUAAAUUCAUUGAGAAGAUCAACGAGGUGACGAGUAAACACCUUGGGCUUCCAGCAUCCAUACGACUUGUUAGCAAGAGUCUGGAUGAUGCAAGUCCUGUCACAAACGGUGGCCUUGGCGGUUGCACUCCCAGCAGUACCCACUAUAGGCACCGGGGCGUUGCCCAGAUGGUAACCCGGGCGUAG